AUGACCCCUAUACGCAUCGCCCUCAUUGGGCUAUCGGCUUCAGCCAAGGUCAACUGGGCCGAGCAGGGCCACCUACCUUAUCUUCAGUCGGCGCGGGGCAAAUCACAUUACGAAAUAGUCGCCCUGUUGAAUUCCAGCGUCGAGGCCGCCAAGGCAGCACGGACUCACUUCAACUUACCCGCAACAGUGAAGACAUACGGCAGCCCCGAUGAGCUAGCUAAGGAUCCAGAUAUCGACCUCGUGGUAUGUAACACUAGGGUCGAUACACAUGUUCUCACGACUGCGCCGUCUCUCAACGCCGGUAAAGCCGUGUUCAUCGAGUGGCCGCUGGCCGAGAACUACGCAGCUGCGCAAUCUUUGACAAGCAACAAGCGUAUCGAUGCCAGCAUCAUUGGGCUGCAAGGCCGCGUAUCGCCCAUCGCACUAAAGCUGAAGGACGUCUUAAGAUCCGGACGCAUCGGCCGUGUGUUAAGCAGCGACGUCCGGACCUACGCCAACCUCGGGCGAAGAGACAGCGUCUCGGAGUCAGUGUCCUAUUUCACUCAGCGGAGCAUCGGCGGAAACCAUGUGACCAUCGCGUUCGCGCACACGAUCGACUACGUGCAUGACGUGUUGGGUGAGUUCGACGGAUUCCAGAGUCGCAUGCAGAUCCAGCGGCCGGUGCUCAAGAUCCGGGACAGCAAUGGCGUGACGACGGAUCAGGAGAUACGCUCUGAUGUCCCUGAUCUCGUGGCUGUUCACGGAAAGCUAGCGAAGGGCAAAGCAGACAUCGCUGAUAACGCGACGCUGUCUUUCACGUUCCGUUCCGGACACCAGUUCAAAGGAACGCCGGGCUUCAUCUGGACUAUCAAUGGCGAGAAGGGGGAGAUCAUGGUCACGGCGAAUGGGGCGUACGUCCACUCGGAUUCGUACAAAGACCCUAUCGACAUUCAAUUGCAUGACCAUGCCACGGACGAGGUCGUUCCCAUUGAAUGGGACUGGCAGGACUGGCAGAAGGAUUUGCCACGUCGCUCGAGGAUUGUGGCAGAGCUGUACGAGCGGUUCGCCCGUUGGUGGGAGAGUGGGGCGCCCGCGGGUGAUUUGCCUCAGGAAAGCGAGUGGCCGCGUCUUCACGAUGCCGUGGCCAGAAUGAAGGAAUUCGACGAGCUGUUCAAGCAGUACGAUGCGCAAGGCGACGGCGAAUGA